AUGCCGCUAACUAGGCGUGCAAUCUCACCGGUUAACGUAAGCCUUCAUCGUUUGCCAUCUUCAAUACAGCAAGAUGAAUUGGAAUGCGUUGCCAAUGGUACCUUAGCAAAUCUAAUUCGACAAUUGAGUUCGUUAAGCCGACAUGCUGAACAUAUUUUUGGUGAAGUUUAUCAUGAAGCUGUAAAAUUGGAUCAUAAAACAAAUACUUUAUCGCAGAGAAUUGAAAGAUUAACGCAUAAGGUGACACAGUUGGACUACACCCAAGAACAAGUGUCACUUGAAGAUUUGCAUAUGCGAAAACCAUUCAAAAGUAGCUGUAUAAUUGAUCAGCAUACAUUAGAUCGUCAAACGUUACCUUCUGCUUUAGCAGAAUGUUAUGCUACUUGUGAUCCUCCACCUAAUCUGGAUGCUCUAAAUCCUUAUAGAGAUGACAAGAAGAAUGCACUUAGGUAUUAUACUGAUCCGUCAUAUUUCUUCGAUUUAUGGAGGCAAGAAAUGUUGAAAGAUGUUGGUGAUGGACGACGUGGACGUUCCAUUAGGUCACCAACUGAAAAUAAAAGUCCUCGAAAGAAACGCAAUCGUCAGCCUGUGACAAAUAAUAUUGGAAGAGAUUCCAUUCCAAGAUAUUCUGUUGCAUCACAACAGCGUUCUGCAGACAUCAUGCAUUUUCCAGCAGAAUAUCAAGCACCUCAGAUAGUACAUAUUGAUCAAGUUCGCGCACCGGCCGGAAUGAGUGUACCCACAAAUAAUGGAUACACCACCACGAUACCAAUGACUUCAGUCGCGCCUUUUGUUUCACCCAUCAAAGAGGAAUUGCCAGUUGUUCCAGCUGAUAACCAAAUAGCUAGUCAGUUGGCCGACAUCGAUUUGCAAGACGAUGCUCUUUUGGAGGAUGAUCUUCCUCCACCACCACCGCCCCUCAUGCAUACCUCACUAGUUUGUCAAAUGCCGUCUCCACCUACAAUGCAGUAUGUCGCUCCAUCUUCUAAUUCUAUUCCACCUCCGCCUCCUCCUCCACCACCUAUACCCGGUGUCACCUCCGCUGCAACAGCUACCCAAUCGCCCGUCAUUGUUGCAUCUUUUGCUAAUAAAGAGGAAAUGAAAAACGAGACAUCCGUUAUUCAAGUUUCUGAUACACGUUCGAAUCUACUCGCUGAAAUACAGUCUGGCAUAAAACUCAAACAGGUGCAAAGAAAAGAACAGGCAGCGGAAGAAAAAGCAGCUGCAGAAGCGAAUGAUGUUGCAGCCAUAUUGCGUCGUAGGAUGGAACAUAUUUUGGGGCAUUCCGAUAGUAAUAGCGAAUCGCCAACAGAUGAUGAUGAAGAAUGGGAUUAG